CUAUACAUAACUUAUACACUUGAUAUACAUUCCGCCGUUUCAAAUAUCUACCAUCCAUCGUCCUCCCGUCCCAAGGUUCCGACGUUCCCUAUUCGUAUGUGCAUCAUAAUCCAAUGCAAAAGGCGAAUUAAACUCCGACAUCCGCUCUAUCCUGAAAUGACAUUGAACUACAAAGUACUUCGUAGAACUUCGGGAACAGCCCAAACCAACACAGGAGACGGAAGCUUAUCAAGAAACAUCGGCACCACCCAUUUGACGUCUACUACCAAAUUUUGGAACUUUCAAGAACCAAGAACCAAGAACCACUCAUUUAUUGUGUCUUUUCCAAGUUUCUGUCGAGAAGAAUUUGUGUUUAAUACUUUGUUUUACUCUUGCUCUCAUCCUGUCUUCUAUACAUCAUUAAUACACAGACUUCUUACCAUUGUGAAGUUCUUGACAAUCCACGACUUCAAGAGCAGCUGCGAUAAGGAUUUCCAUCCAAUACCUACCUACACAAACAUCCCCAACCCUCAACCAGUUCUCCCCAAAUCAACCAGUUGAUCUCUCUCAAAAUGCCUUCUCUCGAAAAAGCUCUUCCGCAACCUAAGAUCGAGCUAUACAGUGGAAAAUACUUCGCAGCUUGUGGACUUGGUGGUAUAAUUGCCUGUGGCCCAACCCAUACCGCCGUCACUCCACUUGAUCUUGUAAAAUGUCGUCGUCAAGUCGACUCCAAACUCUACACCUCCAACCUUAACGCCUGGUCCAAAAUUUACCGUGCCGAAGGUCUUCGCGGAGUCUUCUUCGGAUGGUCUCCUACAUUCGUGGGAUAUUGUUUUCAAGGUGGUGGAAAAUACGGCUUCUAUGAAGUAUUCAAAUAUUUAUAUGGCGAGAAAUUAUUCCCAAAUGCGAAUCAAACCGCCAUCUUCUUGGGUGCCAGUGCUAGUGCGGAAUUUUUGGCCGACAUGGCACUUUGUCCUUUUGAAGCUAUCAAGGUCAGGAUGCAAACUACUUUGCCGCCUUUUGCAAACAGUUUGAGAGAGGGAAUGUCAAAGGUUAUUAAAGAGGAGGGUUAUGGAGGACUCUACAAAGGACUCUAUCCUCUCUGGGGUCGACAAAUCCCUUACACAAUGGUGAAAUUCGCAACCUUUGAAACCACCGUUAACAAAAUCUACGCUUAUUUGGGGAAGCCUAAAUCCUCUUAUUCCGGUCUCCAACAAACCGGAGUUUCUUUCCUCGGUGGUUAUAUUGCUGGUAUUGGUUGUGCUGUCAUCUCUCAUCCAGCAGAUGUUAUGGUGUCGAAACUUAACAGUGAUAGAAAAGCUGGUGAAGGAGCUGGAAAGGCUAUGACGAGGAUUUAUGGAAACAUUGGAUUUGGAGGUCUUUGGAAUGGUCUACCUGUUAGAAUUGUAAUGAUUGGAACACUAACAGCAUUCCAAUGGUUGAUUUAUGAUAGUUUCAAGGUAGCAUUGGGCUUACCUACUACAGGAGGACAUUAGAUUAGAUGGUGUUGGGUGAAAAAUAGUUGGAAAGGAAUGGGGAGAUGGCGAUUUGGGGAUACGGAGUCGGCCGGAUGGAUUGGGUUGUUUAAUGAAAUAUUAAUGAAAUUAAAUGGAAUGAUUUGUUCCAACCUAUCCUCCAAUAUUCAAUUAUGGAUAUUUUCCCUGGAAUGGGCGUGUAGCUCACGCACUAGUGGCACGCGGCUCUGAGAUAAAUAAAUAAAAUCGAGUAUCUCUUC